AAUAAAAAUAUGAUGUCACCAUUUUGUAGUAACGAUGUUUAUUGAAUGAGAUUUUUCUAGGCCAAUGAAUAAAUGUGUUUAUUUUACUAUUUUAUUUAAAUACAAAUUAUUUUAAUUAGGUAAAUGUUAGUGGAGCCCCAAGACCUUCAACAAACUAAAAAUCAAAGAAUCUAUUUUAGAGAACUCUCCCCUGGCUGGAUUGAAGCAGAAGAGGCUUUUUAGCCCUACAAACAACAUGGAGCUAAGGCCGAGAAAUUCCAGGACUUUGAGCAGGUCCAAAUCCAGGACCCCCUUUUUGGUCCAGGAAAUCGAAGCUGAAAUUCAAAAUCAAGCUGAAAAAACUAUUGUGAAAACUACAAGGAAAACUGUUACAACUACUGUUCUUGAAUCCAAUGAAAGUGCCUCGAGUUCAACAGACGAAAUCAACACGCAGAAAACUAAUUCCAAUUCCGUCCAGCAGCAAAAAUCCGAAGGCCUCAGAAAAUCAUUACGAAACCGCCUUAUCAAAACCUCAGAUUAUUCAUCAGAAGAUGGCGAGGCCGAAGUCAGCUCUAGCAAAACAAUACACCAAAACGAACGCAACCAAUUGCUAGAAGACGCCCGAGGUUUGGUUAACGGCAGUGGCACGCCCGCCUUGGAUUUGUACAAAAAAAGCGGACGAUAUUGGGAAAAAUAUCCUAAAACGGAUUGGACUUAUUCACAUCAUUCAAAAGACCGCGUUGAAAUAGCUCCAGGAGUUGUGGCUAUGCCCAACAUGUCUCGAAGAACAAUUCACUCAUUAGACAAUUAUAAUGUGUCUCAUAAAAAUACAAAUACAGAUUACACUACUAGUAAUAUUGGAUAUAGAUCUCAAGAUUCGAAAAAUGAAGACUAUUUUAUUAAAAGGAGGACAUAUACAAGUACUCAUACAAGAUGGAGUGUAUUUAAGCAAAAAGUAAGCACAACUAUUGUGUCCAUUUUAACAAUGUUCAGUUUUGUUUAUCGGGCUCAAACGGGGCUCUUUUCUCAAAUUCAUAGGGCAGCUAGUAAGGUGAUGUUAUGUGACACUUAUUUAUUGAGCAAAAUGUCUGGAAAUAAAUUGACGAAGCUAGGAGUGCUUUGUUUCGUGCCUUUAUUGUUAUUUGGAGGUUUUUGGUUACUCUCGGACCUCUACAACUAUCCUUUUUUUGCAACAAACCAAGACGAUUCUUUAGGCAAAGAUCAAAUAGAAACUAUUGUGCAACAAAUACAACCAACUAAUACAAAAGAAAUUGUAGAUAAACUCAUCAGCGAUCCAAAUUUCAUUAAAAUAAUCAACAACAACUAUCAACAAUCAAACCAGGAUUUACUAAAAGAAAUCGAAAAUAUGAAGCAACUAAUUACACUCAACAACCAACUAAGACAAGAUGAAUACAGCAAACUAUUGCUGGACAUGAAAAAAUGUUGCAAACGUCCAAUAAUCAACAUAGAAGGUCACCUAACAAAAUUAUUAAACGACCCACAAUUUCUGAAAAACCAAAAAGGCCUCAACGAAUACCUACAAGCAUUAUUUAUAGCCAAACAACAUUUAGAAUACCAUUUGGGCAACCUAACUCAAACAAUAGACUUAAAAAUAGCAAACCUACAACAAUCCGAUAGUGAAAUAAUAAUGGACAAAGUUGCAGCCAAUUUAUUAAAACCCAAUCAAAAUGUUGAUAUACAAAAACUCAUCAAACAAGCAUUGAUAAUCUAUGACGCUGACCGUACAGGCCUAGUAGAUUAUGCCAUGGAAAACAUGGGAGGCCAAAUAGUUACAACACGUUGUACAGAAUUAUACCAUCAUGGUACAGCUGUAGUUUCAGUAUUAGGCAUACCAUUAUGGCACAGAUCCAACUCCCCUAGGACCGUUAUAACCCCUACAAUGGCUCCUGGGGAUUGUUGGGCCUUUCAAAACUUCCCCGGCUUUGUAGUUGUAAAACUAUCUGGAACAGUAAAAAUAGAUGCUUUUUCAAUGGAGCAUAUUUCUAGGCUUUUGGUGCCUGAGGAAAAAAUGGACUCUGCACCCAAGGAGUUUGAAGUUUACGGUUUGCAAGAGGAAAACGACAAAAACCCUGUUUUAUUAGGGAAAUAUUUGUACGAUUACCAUGGGGAUUCUUUGCAGUUUUUCACUGUGGAAAAGGACAAUCAAGUUUUUGAUUUAAUUGAAAUCAGGAUUGUUUCAAAUCAUGGCAAUCCUAAUUAUACUUGUUUAUAUAGGUUUAGGGUGCACGGGAAAUUAUUGCAUCAAAAUAGUAGUAGAUGAUUUGCAGUUUUUUAAGUUUUUACAUAAUAGGAUUUUCAGGCUUGAAAUUAGGAUUAUUUUGUACUUAAGUAGUUUUUAAGGGCACGGCACAAUUAAUUAGGGUUGUGAUAGUUUAGGUACUUUUUAUUAUUAAUUUGUAAGAGAAAAAAUGCUAGUCUUACUAACCCAAAACCACCUCCUGUUUGUCUGUAUAUAAUAGUAGUGUUUUUGCUUUUUGCCAGAGUACAAACUAAGCGCACAAUUAAUUAAGUAGUAAUUUUUAAUUAUAUAGAUUCUAUUUAUUUUAUUAGUUUUGAAGAGAUCUAUUAUGUGCCUUAUACAUUUACCAUAAUUCAACUUUAUCAACGAUUUGUUUCAGAUCUCUUAUUUAUUAUUUUUAUUAUUAAUUAAAAUGUUUCUAUAAAU